GCCUGCGCUCCGAAUUCCGGGACAGCUGGCGCUGGAGGAGGGGCAGCUGGCACUGCAGGAGCCGGUGCCGGUGGCACUGGAGGAGCCGGUGCCGGUGGCACUGGAGGAGCCGGUGCCGGUGGCACUGGGAGGGUGACGUAUGCCAUGAUGGAAAUUUUUGGAAAUAACGAACUCUACUUCCCAGUCCGCCACAAUCAACACCAUUCUUCUGACCAC